UAUUGCUAUUACUGACCAGUUCUGACCUUCCCUGCUCUCUCUCUCUCUCUCUCUCUCUCUCUCUGCGUCUGCGCUAGCUAAAGAACUACAUGCUCUCUGCCAAAAGGAAAAGAAAAGAGAAAGGAAAGGAAUGUUCUUCUUCUUCUUCUUUUAUUAAGUGGCUGUUUCUUUUGAACGAAGAAACAAGUGUGCAUAUAGAUAGAAAGAUAUAUACGGGAAGAGAGAUAACAGGGAGACCAAAAAGUAUAACGGAAUGGGUGGGGUGACUUCUUCCAUGGCAGCAAAAUUCGCUUUUUUCCCGCCGAACCCUCCUUCCUACAAGCUAAUUACUGAUGAUGCCACUGGCCUUUUGCUUCUGGAUCACUUCCCUCACCGCGAGAAUGUCGACGUCUUGCGCCUUCCUACCCGACGGGGCACCGAUAUCGUUGCCGUGUACGUUAGGUACCCCAUGGCCACCUCUACUCUGCUCUAUUCUCAUGGAAAUGCUGCUGAUAUUGGCCAGAUGUAUGAGCUCUUCAUCGAAUUGAGCAUCCACUUGCGUGUAAAUCUCAUGGGGUAUGACUACUCUGGCUAUGGACAAUCAUCAGGCAAGCCCACUGAGCACAAUACUUAUGCUGAUAUUGAAGCUGCUUAUAAGUGUCUUGAAGAGAGCUAUGGUACCAAGCAGGAGAAUGUCAUCCUUUAUGGUCAAUCUGUUGGUAGUGGGCCUACUUUGGAUCUUGCUGCACGUUUACCUCGGCUAAGAGCUGUUGUCCUGCACAGUCCUAUACUAUCAGGGUUAAGAGUCAUGUAUCCUGUGAAGCGCACAUUCUGGUUUGAUAUCUACAAGAACGUAGACAAGAUUCCAUUGGUGAAGUGUCCUGUGCUGGUUAUCCAUGGAACAUCUGAUGAAGUAGUUGAUUGUUCUCAUGGCAAGCAGCUCUGGGAAUUGUGCCAGGAGAAAUAUGAACCACUAUGGCUGAAAGGAGGAAAUCACUGUAAUUUAGAGCUGUAUCCAGAAUAUCUAAGGCAUCUGAAGAAGUUCAUAUCAACAGUUGAGAAAUCACCCUUGCGAAGAAAUGCUGGUAGGAGAAGUACAGAUGGAAUUGAACAGCCUAGACGGAGUACUGAUUGUUUUGAUGCACCGAGGAAGAGUACAGAUCGGAGGGAGAAACCAAGAAAAAGCACCGAUAGAACUGAAAAACUGAAGUUUCAUGAAUACAAAUUUACCAAUAUUGACAAGCUAGAAAAGUUAAGGAUCCCCUUUGACCAAAUGGAGAGGUCACGGAGAAGUGUGGAAUACCAUGAGAAGUCUCGGAAGAGCAUUGACCUACAGCUAGAAAAGGCACGGAAAAGUGUUGAUUGGCUGGAUAGGAUUCGUGCUGGAUAAGAAUGCCAAAUCCUUUGUAAAAUUUGUGCACUAGAUUGAUUUUAGAGGGGACAGGGAAAGUGGGAAAAAAAGGGGAAUUAUUUGGUAUUUAACUUGUGAUUUCAGUGUGUGUGGCUUGCUCAUUGAAAUUGCAUAAUAACUGUGUAAUGGGAUUGUAGAUGUUUGAUAUAUUGGGUGGGAUUUGUUAUCCUUAGUUAAUGGAAGAAUUCUAACCUCUUUAUUA